AUGUACAUGAUAACAUUCUCUAAGAUGCUACACAUUUUACGAAUAUCUACGUCAGGACUCAAAUAUCUUGGACCAGCAGCAUCUUUAGUGUUUAGGUUUAGCCUCGCCCAUGGAGUACUUAGCUCCGCACCUACCAGUUUAGCCAUGAUCCACGGGUACUUAGCCACGCCCCCUACCGGUUUGGCCACGCCCUCUGGGUACUUAUCCCCGCCCUCUACCGCCACGCCCUCUGGGUACUUAGCCCCGCCCCCUGCCGGUUUAGCCACGCCCUCUGCCGGUUUAGCCACGCCCUCUGGGUACUUAGUCCCGCCCCCUGCCGGUUUAGCCACGCCCCCUACCGGAUUGGCCACGCCCUCUGGGUACUUAGCCCCGCCCCCUGCCGGUUCAGCCACGCCCCCUACCGGAUUGGCCACGCCCUCUGGGUGCUUAUCCACGCCCCCUACCGAUUUAUCCACGCCCCCUACCGGUUUGGCCACACCCCCUACCGGAUUGGCCACGCCCCCUGGGUAUUUAGUCCCACCUCCUACCGGUUUGACCACGCCCCCUGGAUAA